UCAUGAUAUGAUGUAUAAAAAUCACUGCUUAGUGCUGCAGUAGUAAGAUAGAGUAUUAGAAAUGAGUUCUUCUACUCUCUUGUAUGUUUUCCUCUGUAUUUUCUUUGUUCAAUUUCAUCACACUCUUCAAUCAGCAUCACCCAUUUUGUUUAAUUUUGGAGAUUCCAACUCGGAUACCGGUGGAUAUGUCCCUGCCUCCGGUGUCUAUAUCGGUUUGCCACAUGGUAACACAUUCUUCCACAAGGGUACCGGCCGGUUUGGUGAUGGACGACUAAUUAUCGAUUUCCUCUGUAAAAGUUUGAAGCUGAAGUUUCUAAGCCCAUUUCUGGAGUCAUUGGCACCAGAUUUCAGAGGUGGCGCGAAUUCCGCCAUCUCCGGUUCAAAAACCAUCAUUGAACUAUACUCCCCUUUUUCACUAGAUGUACAGGUUAAACAGUUCAAUCACUUCCAACUCCGUUCACUUCAACUCCUCUCAGAAGGUCACAAAGAUAUGAUCAACGAAAGUGGGUUCAGCAGAGCGCUUUACAUGAUUGACAUCGGACAAAACGAUCUUCUUGGUGCCCUGUAUCUAUCAAACUUAACUGCACCACCAGUAAUCAAAAAGAUUCCAGCCAUGCUUGCAGAAAUCAAAUUAGCGGUUCAGAAUCUUUAUAAAUUUGGUGCCAAGAAAUUUUGGAUACACAACACCGGGCCACUUGGUUGUGUUCCGAGAGAGCUUGCUCGUCAUCCUCAUAACAACACGGAUCUUGAUCGAAUUGGAUGUUAUAAGGUUCAUAAUGUUGUGUCCAUAGCUUUUAAUAAAGGAUUGAAGGCUCUUUGUGAAGAAUUGAGGUCAACAUUUAUAGAUGCAAUCGUUGUCGUUGUCUAUGUUGAUAUAUGUUGGAAAACGAUUAAUAAAAAAAUAAUUUUUUAAAGUUUUAAUAAAAAAUUAUAAUUUAUUA